CGAUAAUCCGACGCCUAGGCCUCUCCAACCACUUUCCACAUAAUCAACAACUCGAACAACAUGUCCUCUCACUCUGCAGCUAUGUCGCUCUUGACGAAAGGUGCCGCCACUUCGACGUUGUACAAAACAUUUGCUAUUGCCGGUGUGGGUAACGUUGGAAAAUUCAUCGCCGAGGAAUUCCUCGAGCGGAAGGCUGCUGGCGAUGCCACCCAGGUCGUCAUUCUCACACGGAAGGAAGCCGACAAUAGCGCGCUCGCGGAGCUCGCCUCCCGUGGCGCAACCAUCAAGGAAGUCGACUACGACUCCGUCGACUCCAUCGCUGCCGCCCUCUCAUCCAUCGACGUCGUCAUCUGCACAUUCGGCUAUGCCGCAGUCUUCCAACCACAAUUCAACCUCGCUGCUGCCUCUAAGAAGGCUGGUGCGAAGCUCUACGUCCCUUCUCAGUUCGGUCUCCCAGGGCGUGCCGGUAUUCCCUCUGAUGACGACCUCAAAACCCAUCUCAACGGUGUUCCUGUCUCUAACUUCCUCGUCGGCACCAUCGCUGAUAUCUUGGUGAAAUAUGCGGAUUACGGAGGCCUCGUCCUUGAAAAAGGAGAAGUAAUCAUUCCGGGAGACGGGACUGCUCGUAUCUCGUUCACCGACCGCCGUGACGUUGCUCGUUACGUUGGCUAUGUUCUUACUAAACUCCCACCCUCCAAACUGCGCGGCCGCGACUUCCAUAUCGAGGGUCAACGAGUGGCUCUCAACGAUGUCAUCAAAGAGUACCAAGAACGGUCCGGAAAGACCUUGAAGGUCACAUACAUCCCCGUCGAAGAGCUCCAGAGCAACAUCGAGAAGAACGCCAUGGACAUCCUCAGCGUGAUCAGGUUGUUGUGGGCAUCGGGCAAGGGUGUUGUCGGGGAGGAGAAGGAGGUCGAUAAUGGUCUCUUCAAGGAGUGGAACCCGAAGAGCGUUGUCGACAUCGCUUUGUCAUGAGUUUAAGCUCUCGGGUUGGUGAAGUCGAUGAGCAUGCUCUAUAAAUUGUACCUAUGAUUCUUUCUGUAUUGUCGUGUUUUGGAAUCUGAAGCAGUCACUCCAUUGGAAUACUCCCACUACACAGGCAGCCG